AAAAAACUGGACUUUUUCUUCUUAAUCAUUUACAAAAAAUUUUUAAAAAUUGUGGAAAAAGCAAAAUUCACAACAAAAAAGAUUCGGAAUAUUACUUAGCUACACUAGAUGAAAUUGUGAAUGCAAAAUGUCUACCUACAG